UUAGACCCACCCAUUUCACUCUUCAUUCAUGUCCAUUCCUAUCAUCUCUACCUUCUUCUUUUCUCCCUCACCCCAACAAACCUAAUCUUCAAUCUCAUCUCAAACCCUAAACCAACAACAAAAUAUUAUAUCUUUUCUUUAAACACACUCCCAACUUUUCUCUCUACUCAUAAUAUUAUUAUUUUUUUAAAAAAAACUAUAAAAUAAAAAAAAAAAAUCCUCUGUUUUUCCCCUGUUUCACUUGCCCUGUUUUUUAACAUUAUAUAAGACAAAAUGUCUUCCUCAAAUUUAUGUCAAGCUUUGCAAUCUUGUCUUGAACCUCUUGUGAUUGAGCCACGUGUACUUAGUCUGAAAUUAGCUCCAAAAGGGUCACCACCUUCCAUAGAGCAAGAAAAAGCAUUGAUGAAGAACAACAAUGAAUGUUUAAAAAAUGACACAAAAUGUGAUUGGAGUUUCCUUGAAGCUCUUACAAAAAGUGAUAAUGUAAACGAAAAAGUUUAUGUUCACCCUACUGUAAAGCGUUCCUCUUCAAUGCUAAGUGAAAAGAGCUUAGAAAUGUGCACUGAAAGUCUUGGUAGUGAAACCGGUAGCAAUGCUGGUGAUAGUAGUGAAGAUGUUUCAUUCUUUUCUUUUGAAACAAGAAAUGAUGCUAACAAUAUGAACAAUUGUGUUUCUAGUAGAAGAGUGAAUAAAGUUAGUAACUUUCCACCACCACUCACUUCAAUAACUGAUUUUGGUGGUGUUCAUGUUAGGCCUUAUCGUGAAGGUGGUAGGUUGAUAUUAGAAGCUGUUGCAUCUCCUUCUCAUACUCCUUAUUUUCAUGCAGAACGUGGUGAUGGUAGGCUUAGGCUUAGUAUUUUUGCUUAUGAUGGUGAUGAUGAUUAUGAAGGAGAAGAAGAAGAAGAAGAAGAAGAAGAAGAAAAAGAAGAUGAUGAAAAAGAAGGUGAAAGUGAAAAGGAGAAUGAAGUGUGUGAUGAUGAGGUGAAUGAGAAAGAAUGUGUUGAGAAGGUGGAAGAUGAGAUGGGUGUAACAAAGUUUGGAAGACCAAGAAGGUGCAAAGAAAGUGGGAAUAGAGAUUUUUUUGGUGAUGGAUACUUUGAGAUUCCCUCUAUUUCUCUAUGUCUUUGAAUAUAUUUUGUUUUACUUUAUUACUACUAUUAUUAUCCAUCUUUCUUGUUUCAUUUUCCUUUUAGGUUUUCACCACUUAUGAUUGGUGCUUAUUUCUCAUUGUCCCAAUGUCAGUUAGUUAUUAUAGUUAUUAGUUAUAUUUGGACAUCGUCCUUCUAUCUAUGGCAUGGCCCCUUCUUUAUGUUGCUA